GCGCUCGAGAGCCUCUCCGGUCGCCACCACCCCCCACCCCGCGCACCUGGCGCGCGACCCCCCAGGUCCGCAGGCCCGCCGAGGAGUGUCCCUGGAGAGAGAGGCCGGGAAGCCUAGGCUGGGCAGCCGGCGGGAAGCGAGGCCUUGCAAAGCCUGGUGAGGGUCGUGUGGGUGCCGUGUUCUCCUGCUGCCUGCCAUGGCCAUGAGAGAGCUGGUGGAGCCAGAAUGUGGGGGGUCCAAUCCUCUGAUGAAGUUGGCCAGCCACUUCACUCAGGACAAGGGCCUGCAGCAAGAGGGGCUUCAGGGCCCCAUGACUUGGCCUCCCACAACACCGGGGGCUGAGGUGGUGUCCAAACCUCUUGGAAGAGCCUCUGAAGAUGAACUGGUGGCUGAGUUCCUUCAAGAGCAAAAUGGCCCCUUGCUGUCCCGAGCCCCACAGACAUUCAAGAUGGACGAUCUGCUGGCUGAAAUGCAAGAGAUAGAGCAGUCUAGUUUCCGGCAGGCCCCACAGCGAGCUCCGGGGGUGGCUGCCUUAGCUUUGUCUGAGAACUGGACGCAAGAGUUCCUUGAUGCUGCUGACCCUACGGUUGAUGUUGCCACGGAUUACAAUGAGGCUGACUGGUCCCAAGAGUUCAUUGCUGAAGUUACAGAUCCCUUGUCUGUGUCUCCUGCCAAGUGGGCAGAAGAAUAUUUGGAGCAGUCAGAGGAGAAGUUGUGGCUGGGAGAAUCAGAAGACCAAACACUGGCUGACAAAUGGUAUGAGGAAUACCAGCCUGAAGAUGAUCUCAAGAAGACUGCCAAUGACUUUCUCUCAAAAGUUGAUGAUCCCAAGCUGAAUGACUCUGAGUUCCUAAAGUUUGUCCGCCAGAUUGGAGAUGGGAGGGUGUCCAUCGAGGCAAAUCGGGUGACCAUUAUUCCCAGAGACCAGGAUCAGGCAGAGCAAUGGGCUACUGAGUUUAUACAGCAGCAGAAUUCCUCUGAGGCCUGGGUUGAUCAGUUUGCACGCCCCAGAGAUGUGCUGGGCUUGGAUCCAGAGUUUGAACAAGCCAAGACUGCUGUGGAGUCAGAUGUGGAUUUCUGGGACAAGCUGCAGGCUGAGUGGGAAGAAAUGGCCAAGCGAGACGCUGAGGCCCAUCCUUGGUUGUCGGACUACGAGGAUCUCGCCAGCUCCACUUACGACAAGGGAUACCAGUUUGAGGAAGAAAACCCUGUGCGGGACCAUCCUCGUGCUUUUGAAGAAGGGCUGAAAUGCUUGGAGGAGGGAGAUCUCCCCAAUGCUGUCUUGUUCUUUGAGGCUGCUGUUCAGCAGAGCCCUGAUCACAUGGAGGCCUGGCAGUAUCUGGGAACGACGCAAGCAGAGAAUGAGCAGGAGCUUGCCGCGAUCAGCGCCCUCAGGCGGUGUCUGGAGUUGCAGCCUGGAAACCUCACAGCACUCAUGGCCUUGGCAGUCAGUUUCACCAAUGAGUCAUUGCAGAAGCAAGCAUGUGAAACCCUGCGUGAUUGGUUGCACCACAACCCUGCCUAUAGUCAUUUGGUGGGGAAGGAGCCUGAAGCAGAGAGCGUUGAUUCAGGUCUUGGGCCCCCCAAGCGUAUCCUGGGCUCCCUCUUGACGGACUCACUCUUUGUUGAAAUCAAAGAACUGUUUUUGGCAGCAGUACGGAGUAACACUUCUGCUGUGGAUCCAGAUGUGCAAUGUGGUUUGGGCGUUCUCUUCAACCUGAGUGGGGAAUAUGAGAAGGCUGUGGACUGCUUCACUGCUGCGCUGAGCACCCGCCCAAAUGACCAUCUCUUGUGGAACAAGCUAGGAGCAACCUUGGCCAAUGGCAACCGCAGUGAAGAAGCUGUGGCAGCCUACAGGCGGGCCCUGGAGCUGCAGCCGGGCUACAUCCGCUCCCGCUACAACCUGGGCAUCAGCUGCAUCAACCUAGGGGCCCACAGAGAGGCUGUGGAGCACUUCCUAGAGGCUUUGCACAUGCAGCAGAAGAGCCGGGGCCCACGAGGCCAGCAGGGUGCCAUGUCUGACAACAUCUGGAGCACUCUCCGUAUGGCACUCUCCAUGCUGGGCCAGAGUGACCUCUACGGGGCAGCCGAUGCCCGAGACCUAUCAACACUUCUACAAGCAUUUGGUAUCCAGCAGUGACUCCUGGAUGGGCUCCCCUGUGAGUGCAGGAUGGGCCCUCAUCACCACUGAUCUCUUUGUUCUUACCCCCUCAAACGCACACACACACACACACACACACACACACACUCUGUAGUGCAGCAAUCUCCUUCCUGCUCUCAGAGAAGUAGCCAUUCAUCCACGUUCACACUCCCUGUUGGAAUGGCCUCCAAGAGUCACUUGGGCGGGCUGCUCUCUCAUGUCCUGCGUUGGACUGUCAGGUGUAGAAUUUAGCUUCCUGAAAACCUCUGUUGUACAGAACAGUUAACUGGCUGUCAGCCAAUUCCUUUGAUGGUACAGUACUUAUUAUACCCCACACUGAUGUCCACCAGGCACAACUUUAAAAUAGCAAGCUACUCCUAUAGUCCUGGGAGUAUACAAUGAAUAAUUUUUGGGCCCCAAGAAAGGGAAUUAGAUCUUUGUGCUGACGUUGCACAGACUGUUCAUUUUUAAAUAUUGUAUUCUGUUUAAAGGAAAGGAUCAUGAUGUAGAACUCUGGUCUCUUGACUUCAAAGGUGCUGCUAAAAUGAAAGGUACAGCAUAAACUGAUUGAAAAUAUCUCAUUGAGCCACCAUAUAUGCAACAGCAGUUGUUUCUUCCCCUGGGGAAGUUGGGGAAAACAGUUCUUCAGCUCUGCACUUAAUCAAAGAAGAAUGCUUCUGGGUUGUUGGAGUGAAAUGGGGUCUAGCAGAAGCCCCUCAAAUGUGCAGGGCAGGACCUAUGUCUUAAUUAUUCUUCUGCUAGAUUGUUCUUGUAAAAUAAAAGGAAGCUGGUUAUCUUUUGUGCAUAUGAUUUCCCCCCUUCUGUGUAAUUGGCUCUUAAAAUAUAAAUAUAUGUAUAUGAUUUUUGUGGGGAAAAUGUUUUUAAAAUUGUAAAAUAUUUUGUAUAAUACAAGGGAAAGUAAUUAAACCUGCCAAAUUA